AUUAAUGACAACCGAUUAAUUAAGUUCUAAUAAGAAAACGUGGGCUGAAUUAGCAGAAGAAGAGGAUGAUGAAAUUGAAAAUGGUUAAUUCACAACUAAUUCCGAAACUCUAGACAAAAAUGAUAUCCCUUAUUAACCUAGUUUGACAAAAUCUAUAUCAGAAUUUCAAACAAAGCCAAGAAAUGAAAAAUAAAAAAAUUCUAAAUAGAAAGACAAUGGUAGUAAUGGUCUAAAAGAUUAUAAACAUAAUAAUUCAAAUUAAGUUAAAGGAAACAAUAAACAAAAUAGAUAAUCAAAAAGUAUUAAAUUCUAAUAAUGUAAGGUAAUUAUGAUGAAGUUUAUAAUGCUUUGUUUGAAACAACAAAUUAAGAAAUCAUAUUAAAAGUUAAAUCUUAAAACAAAAAUGAAAACUUGGAGGCUGUUAAAGAAUAUUUUGAAAAACAAUAUUAGAAUAUUAAGGCAUUUCCAAGAAACGAUAUUAAUUAGGUUGAUCUAUUGACAUCCCCCAAAAUUGGGUUGUAUAUAUUGGAGGAUCUUAGAUUUAAAGUAUGAUUCAUUAUAAAUUAAGAUCCAAAUUGGUGAUUCUAAUUUUAAAAUUUACUAUCCUUAAAUUCCAAAUGAAUAAAUUUCAGAGUAUUAUACAAAGAAAAGGUAUUUAGAAAAGGAAAAGAAAAAUUUAUAAUCUGCUCCUCUUUUUUAAAGAAGUACUAUUAAUUCUAAAGUAAAUGAUUAAUAAGAUAACUAUGAAUAAUCUGAUGGAAGUAGUAGAUAAGAUAAUAGCAAUUUUGAAAAAUCUUAAAAUGAUUAACCUUAAAUUUACAAAGAGAAAGACUACUUAUAAGAUUAAGAAUAAGAAUAAAAUGAAUCUUAAUAUAGAUCAAAAUAUGAUAAGAAAGAUUUUAAUAAAUAAACAAAUUAUAAAUCUAGAAAAUAUAAUAAUAAAUAUAAUGAAUAAUAUGAUUAUGAAUAAGGUUUUAAAGAAUAUAAAGAUGAAAAAUAAUCUAAUUAUAAAUCUCAUAAAUUUAGAAAUGAAUAACAUCAGCCUAAAGAAAGUUAUUAAAAUUAAGAUUAUGAAUACACUGAAAAGGUUACUUUUGAUAAAAAUUAAUCUCCUUUUGAAGAAAAAGAUUAAAAUAAGGAUUAUAGAAAUAAUUAAUAUGAUUAUAAAAACAAUAAUAAUAACAAUAAUCACUUUAAUUCAAAAAGAUCUUAUUAAACAAAUAAUAAAUAAAAGAAUGAUUAAUAUGUAAUUUAUGAGGAGAAAUCAAAAUAAAAUUAUUAUGAAACACCUAAUAAUUCCAUAAGAAUUUAAGAUAAUUUAUAAAAUGUAGUUUAAAAUACUGAAAACAAAAAUUAAAUUACUUAAUAAAUAACUUUGAAUGAAGAAAAGAAUGACGAUAUGUAAAUAGAUAGUGAAAAUGAAUAAGAUCAAGAAUAAAUUGAAGAAAAUAAAUCUCCAAGCAAAAAUAAAAAGAAGAAAAAAAAUAAAAAAAAUUUAAAAGUAAUAUUUGUUAUAUAUAUUAGACCUCAAAACCAAAUGACACUAAUUUUUUUGGAAUAUUAUAGAGUGGAACAAAAUGACAGAUUAGAAUCAAUAUUAUAAAUUUAUUCUCAG